UGCAGCAUUAGAGGCGUAGAAGAAGAAGCAGGCGGCAUCAUGGAGGAAGUGCCCACCUCAGCCGGUUAGGUAGCAAGUUUUACUUGAAAUAUUUUAAAUUCUACAACCGUUGUUAGUUGUAUCCUACCUAUGGCGGAGGUCGGUGAUAGAAACGGCCGUGAAGCUCAAGAACACGACGGGACACAAAGCAGAGAUGUCCCGGAGCCUGUGUGCGGGACAGGUGACCCCACGGUGACAGUCCCGCGGGGGCUGCGGUGCCCUAAUCCUGAGCGGAGGAAAAAGUUAGUCCUUCAUAUCGACCUGAACAACACCAUACUGGUGUCGGAUUCUGUGAUAGCUCAAGGGACGGUAGCUGCCCUCGAGCAUUUCCUCUCAACUGUCACCUGGGGAAGGAUGAGCAAAGGGAAGUGGGAAUGGCUGAGUGACUCCCCCUCCCUGCUCCCCCCCUGCGAUGGUGCUGUUACCUACCACUCUCACUUUGGACGGACGGCAGGUUUCUCCUCCAACGUGGGCCGACGUUUCCGUGGGAUUCUCGUGGAGCAUCUGACUCUGCUGCGCUGGCCCGAGGGCACCAAGGGAGACAGAGAGCUGUCUGUAAAGGGAGAGGGGGGGCACCUGUACCACUGGAUCCUACCCUCCUUCUUCCAGCUGCUCACAGACCUGGUGCAGGAGGGACGGGAGUUCGCCAUCGUUUUCCGUUCCUUUGGAAACGACCUUCCUCGUGUGCUGAGUGCUGUGUCCAGAGCUCUGACGGAAGGCGUUCACCCCCUGUUCCCAGAUCUGCCCCAACUCAAGUUGAGCGUGAACAUGACAACGGGAAAGAUCCGCUGCAGCAGGAGGGGGAUCGUCCUGAGCCGAGCUGAGGAGCACAUUUCCUCUUGUGACGGAGAGCGGGGGCUGUACCAGUACUUCAGCUCUGCCCAGGGCCUGGGGGGCUUUCAGGACCACUUUGACUGGUGGGCCAGUAACAGCUCCUCCAUCCGGGGGGGGAAGCCGCUGUGGGUGGACCCCUUCGACCAACACGUUCAGCACAUCUUCAUAGACGACAACAUACGACAGGACGACGAGCACACCAUCGUUCAACCCAAGGUUUUCUUGGAGCCCGGUGGCGCUGACACUCGUACAGCCUGCACAUCGGAGCUCUAUGACCUCACACUGGUGCAGACCGACCUCCUGAAGGCCAUCUCUCAGCAGAAAUACUUCACCCAGCGUGUCCACAUCUGCCUGCAGAACUAUGAAAGGAACCUCCAGCAGGGGGCGGGCUAAAUCACAGCUCCACUGCCAGUGUGUUUGUCUUUGUGACCGUGGUGUGGUGAUGACAGAUUAUUGUUGUGCCAUUGGUUGUUAGGCUCCCUCAACAAAGACCAAUGGGAUUUUUCCAUUGGAUUUUGGAAUAUUGCAGGAAAUAAUGUCUGUUGCAAAUACAUUUUAUUAUGCUUCGACAUUUUGGAUAAUCCACAUGUUAACACCACUUUUUAAAGAUUUUUGAAGCAUAAAUGCAACACCAGAAAGAAAAAGUGUUACGUUAGGCUAUAAACAAACUACAUCGUGGACGCAUAGCUGCUCAUCACCACCGCUAAGCUAAAGGCGGCUAAUGUUCGGCUAGUGGCGUUACGUAGUCUCAUGUAGCCAUCUGUUAGCAAAUGUUUUUUUUAUGACAGAUAGAAGCUUCAGACAUUCACCAGUGGGGUAUUUACUGGUGCCUUUUUUGUGGUAGAGCAAAACUAGAACAUCUCGUAGACUUGUCUUGAACCUUUUUUGAGGCAUUGAACCACAGACACAUUAAAAAAAAAAGGAGGGAAAUGGAAGUCUUAAAAUGCUAAUUAUUUUUGCGUUCUAAUACUCACUCCUGCACCACUCUGUUAAACCAGACAAUGAAAUGGCAGCACUGAGAGAGAAAGUUAAAUGAUUAGAGACAUGGUUAAACUAGUUAAAGCAAAUAAACACAGACCAUCAAACCUCAAAUAGAAGAAGUUUACAUGUGAAGGUGAAAGGGAUAAAUAUGCAGAUAACAGUCAUUAUCGGAAGAUGGCUGCUCAAAAACUAGGGUAUUAAAUCAUGUUGAGCUGCUCCACGCACACUUAAAGCAGUUCAAGUAUGGCAGCUUGUACAAAGAGCUCUUCACAAACAGUUUGUGCUGUCCUAAAGUGAACCGCCACUGAAAGAGUUUCUGACUUGAUUCAACCCUAAGGUGGCCCCAUGCAUCAAAGACUCUUUGGCUAAUCACACCAUGGGAUAAUUGGCCUAAAUCCUGUGUAAUUUGUGUCAGACGGCAUAUAAUUGAGGUCAGCUUUGGAGAAGAAGUCAGUGUUGCGUUAAUAGAGGAUUCACAGAGAUUUGCUUCAGCUCUUCUUCUGUCCUCAAAGUGUUUCAUGUUGGCUGUCAUCUGCUUUGUUUACCUCCACUCCAAACUGAAAAGUAAUACUUGAAUAAAUCCAGAUGACUAAAAAAUAAUCAGAAUAUAUGAGUCUAUACCUCAAGGCGCUUUAUAAACGCAUUACAAAGGCGUCAGAACAUGCAGCAGUUUUAUUUAAAAUAUUAUUCAUAGAUAUAUCAUUAGGUUGAACAUGAGUCUGGGGUUUGUAUUAUUAUUUUUCUGAUUUUUUGUGGAAGUAUUUAAGGGUUUUAGGGUUUAUGUAUUUAUUGUCAAGCUAUUAGAGGGUUUUUGUAAUUGUUAUAUUUUCUCUGGUCAAAAAAAAGUUCCUGAAUCCAGGUUGCAGUGAUGACAACAACGCAGCCGUUUUUGAGUUAAUACCAACCAUUGAUACAAAUGAAUAAAUUAGUAGGAAAGAUGCAAAUGGUAGUAACAAUAUUGAAUUUGAAUUUACAUUUGUAAAACACUCAAAAUGAAACUGAAAAAUGUCAUGAAUCAUGCAGUAGGAUCAGUAGUUGCUGUAAUAUUUAUUUCAGCCACAAGAGGCUGAAGAGCACCACUACCCUUUGAUAUAAAUAGGAAUACAGCAUUCGUUUUUUCUUUGAGGUUAUUGUUUGUCCUCUCUGAAUAUGAAAUCCAUACAUCGUGAGGAAGACUGACAUAGAAUAUUGAUUACCAUACAUUUUUUUUCUCACUUGCCUCUCAAGGCCUCCGUAGCACUGUCCUGAGCAGCUGCAUAAUACUUUCAUAUUUUGCACUGAAUACCAUCCGCAUUACAUUGAACUCUGAUGCUGUAUACUUUUAAAUCACAACUUGAAAUACUGUCAUCUAUUUAUUUUUCUGACGAUAAAUAUUUCUAUUCAUUAUUAAAUAAAUGGCUAUGUUUUUUUUGUUCAA